AGGAGUCUAGGUUGGGUGGGGAAGCCGAGGAGGCCCUUCCAGACUCGAGUCCCCAGCCCCAGACCUCUGCGCCAUGGGAGAAGCGCGGGGGCCCUGGGCCCCUGGAGGAGCAGGCGGGACUCGCGACUUUGGCGGACCCCGGGAAGAAGCCAUGUCUACUUGGGAGUUGGCUUCCCCAAUUCCUGACCGCUUUGCGGUGUCUGCGGUCGCAGAGGACAAAAUUCGGGAGCAGCAGACUCGCUUGGAACGCAUCUUCAGCGUGGGGAUGAGCGUCCUCUCCAAAGACUGCCCAGAGAAUCCUCAUAUCUGGCUGCAGCUUGAGGGCCCCAAGGAGAAUGUCUGCAGAGCCAAGGAAUACCUGAAGGGGCUCUGCAGCCCAGAACUGCAGAGUGAAAUCCGUUACCCACCCAGACUGCACUGCGUCUUUCAGGGAGCCCAAGGCUUCUUCCUUGACUGCCUGGCCUGGAGCACGUCUGCCCACCUGGUGCCCCUGGUCCCUGGCUCUCUGAUGAUCAGUGGCCUAACUGAGGCAUUUGUGAUGGCUCAGAGCCGGGUGGAGGAGUUAGUGCAGCGGCUGAGCUGGGAUCUUCAGCUGCCGUCUUAUUCUGGAGCCUCUGCCGGUGCUGGAGUGCUGAGAGCCUUCUCUGCCCUGCUGCAGACUAGGGAGGAUGCUUACACAGAGGCUCUGCUGCAGCUGCCCCUGGCUGUCCAGGAGGAGCUCCUAAGCCUGGUACAGGAGGCAUCCAGAGAGAAGGGUUUGCAGGCACUGCCCUCUUGUGAGCGGGGAAGCCCAGGCCUGUUGAGUGCUCAGUUCCAGGGAGUUAGGGCUCCCUUGAGUGAAGGUGGGGAAUCCCUGGGCACUGGAGUGGUGGGGUGGGGAGAGUCAAGGGCAGCAAGAGAAAGUCAUACUGUGGAGAAGGAGGGAAGGAAACAGGAUGCUGUCAAGGACAUGUAUUCAGGGCAGAAGGAGUCAUCUGGGGAAGAGGUCUGGGAGAGAGGAGUGGCUUUCAAGUCACAACCAGCAGCUGGAGGAGCAGAGGAAGUAGUGCCCUUGAAGGGAAAGACCUUAGGGAAGGAGGAAGCUCCUCAGCAGAGAGGAGGGUUCAGUGUGCAGGGUGAACCUUCUGGUGCCUCUGUGCCCACUCAGCGAGCAGCUCAAACUCGGGGAGCCUCUCUCCUCCAGCGGCUCCAGAAUGGGAUUACCUCACCUCCAAGAGUACCUAGUCCUCCAUCUGCACCUGAACCCCCAUGGCCCUGUGGAGACCAAGAUCGGGGAGACAGGGGAGACAAGCAACAGGCUGGGGCUCGAGGUCGAGGGUCUCCAUGGAAACGAGGCACUCGAGGGGGCAACUUGGUGACUGGCACACAGCGUUUCCAGGAAGCCUUACAGGAUCCUUUCACCCUGUGCCUUGCCAAUGUGCCUGGCCAGCCAGAUCUCCGUCAUAUUGUCAUUGAUGGCAGCAACGUGGCCAUGGUGCAUGGCCUCCAGCACUACUUCUCAAGCCGAGGCAUCGCUCUCGCUGUGCAGUACUUCUGGGAUCGUGGACACCGUGACAUAACCGUCUUUGUGCCUCAGUGGCGCUUCAGUAAGGAUUCCAAGGUCAGAGAGAGUCACUUCCUGCAGAAGCUGUACUCCCUGAGUCUGCUUUCCCUGACACCUUCACGAGUCAUGGAUGGCAAGAGAAUUUCUUCCUAUGAUGACAGAUUCAUGGUGAAACUGGCUGAAGAGACCGAUGGGAUCAUUGUCUCCAAUGACCAGUUCCGGGAUCUGGCUGAGGAGUCCGACAAGUGGAUGGCGAUCAUCAGAGAGCGCUUGCUGCCCUUCACCUUUGUGGGAAACCUCUUCAUGGUUCCAGAUGAUCCACUGGGGCGAAAUGGCCCCACCCUGGAUGAGUUCCUGAAGAAGACAGUCAGGAAACAGGGCUCUGCUAAGGCUCAUCAGUCCUCCAGAGGCCCCACAGAUCAUGGUAACCAGCAGCAGGGGAAGGAAGAGGAAAAAAGUGGUGGCAUUCGGAAGACCCGGGAGACAGAGCGGCUCCGGCGCCAGCUGCUGGAGGUGUUUUGGGGUCAGGACCACAAGGUGGACUUCAUCCUGCAGCGGGAACCAUACUGCCGGGAUAUUAACCAGCUUUCUGAGGCCCUGCUGAGUCUCAACUUUUGAGCCUUACCUGCUGCAUAGCUGCUGCCCUGUCAGACUCAGCGCCCCCAGCCCAGCCCCUUCUUUACAGUCCUCUGCUGCUCAGACUGUGUGUGGACUCCUAAGAUGGUGCUUUGGCUGGAGGAAGCCCCAGAGAGAUCUGAAUGUGGGAAUACACUUGCCUGGGGUACUUGAGGACAGGUCCAUCAGAGUCAGGACUGCAAUCAGCUCUUAGGAGGCUUUGAUCAGAUUUAACUCCACAACCUCAUCUUUGCAGAGGGUUUCUGUAGGCUGUAGAGGCUCUUCCUGAAGACCGAGACCAUUGGCCUCACCUCCAGGUUAAAUUGAGUUGGAGGCUACGGUAAGCUGGAGGUGGCAAAAAGACUAAGGUGAGGAAGAAAGCACCCUGGGCUGCUUGUCUGAGUGGCUAUUUAGGCUGAACUGUCUGGGUUCUGGAGGGACCGUAGUGCCAAGUGGGCUGUUGGAGGGACAGCAGAAGCCCACAGGGCAGAGGGGGCUGGGCUUCCAGUCUCGGUGGCACUCUGCCUGUGAUGUUGCGAGAGUCACUUGGCCUUACUUAUGUCUCUACAUCAGGCAUAAAACUAACCUUUGAGGAGAAUUGAGAGCACAGAGGAGGCUCCCGUGAGGAAGGGACCUUGGAUCAUGUCUCAGGUGUGUCUGCCUGUGUCUGCAUAGGCUCCCUAAACAAACUUCACAGUCAGAGGCGCCCACAGUCCUCAGUUUUAACACUGGGUUUUCAGUAGAACAUGCCCUGUAUUGGCUGCACCCUUUCCCAGCAACCUUCAAAACACACAUUAACCAAAUAGUUGUUAGGGGUGAUUGUUGCAUUACCUAAAUACUCUCAGGGUUCCUAGAAGUGGCAGCUGGUCAGUUGAAUUCAAUUGUUUGUUUACAGAUUCACAAAUGUCUCAGAAAGGCCCUGGUUAAAUCCCCUCUGGUGUUGAAUGUAUUCACCAAAUUCAUGGAGCCAUGCUUUGCACUGACAAUGUUAGUGGGAUCUAUCUAAUCUUUCCUUUAUGGAAGAUGUAGGUCGCAUUCACCAAGACAACCUACUGCUUUGUGUGUAUGGCGAAGAAACUUAUCUAGGAAGUGGAAAGAGUUGAAAGAUACCUGAUUGGUCACAGAUGAACUCCACUGAGCUAUCAUGACCAACUGUUUACACCCCAAUUCCCACAAGCCAUUGUUUUGUAUCUGCUUGAUUCCUGGCCAGGGAAUUUACUCUCUGCAAGGUGGCACAUUCCUGACAUGGAUGUAUGGUUUUUCCAGGAGUCUUUUGUCUAGUGUAGCCUAACAAACAAAGCUCCUGUUACUAUUACUUUCCCCAGGAAUAACUGAGAACUAGCCAACUUCUCAGAUAAAGAGGUAAGGCAGGAGCCCCUGGGUUCAGUUCUUCUCGGGACUGGUAUUGAGUUCCUGAAUUAGAUCCCUUUCUGGCUGACUUACUCCAAGUGACACAGAGAGGUGACACUGUAUAGACUCAAUGAUCAGGGCGAGGGUCCAUAGGUCCCAGUGCCUGUCUGCCUGUUUCACUGACCAUUUUCAUCUCUACACCAGAAUGACCCAGCUGUAUUGAGACAAGUUGAUGAGGAAGUGGCAGUGACUCUUCUCAGUGUCCAGGAAGCAAAGAGAACGGUUUGAACUGGUUGCUGGUAGAAAUGCUUUUUGAGUUUGUGAUUGGUUUCUUGCUCUUUUCGUUUGUCCUGAUGGUGGGUGUACAGAAGGCUAGAAUGUGGCGGGCCCUGGAAGGCUGAAGUGUUCCCAAGCAGAUGAGAGACAUUGGUUUUGUGUUACUGCAGUAUGAGGUGGGACCUGCAUGUGUUUGUUAAAUUCUCUGACACUGGGUGAGACCCUGAGGCUAACCUCCAGGGCCUUUUCUCCAUUUUUGCUGGCAUACUCUCAGCAGGUAGGUGGUUAGAGUGGCACCAGACAGAACUCACUGGAAAUGAUCCUUAAACAUAUUUAUUGUCUUUAACCUCUGUCACAAGCUCAUGUCUUACCAGCUCAUGUUGGGAGAGAGACCAAGAAAGGGAAGGGUGAGGAGCAAGAUUGCUUAUUACAACAUUCAGAACCUCAUUUAGGAAGGAGAGCCAUCUAGGUAAUAGUCCUUAAGGUAAAUUCCAUGAGCAUCUAAGCCAAAGAGGCAGCUGAAGCCAGUGGUAGAAUUUAUUGCCAUAACUGCAGAACAUUCUGUACAUAGCAUAUAGAACUGGGGCAACAGUGUGACACACAGAAACCACAACAAGUUGGAGAGGUUAAGGUUAGAAUGCGAUUCCAGCCUUGACUGGAGUUUCUCAGACAGAGGUAGAAAAACAACACAGGGACAAAGUGAUGGGGAGAGAUUCUGAGAUGCUUCUGAUCUCAGGCACAGGGCUUACCUGGUCCAACCCUCUGUAUGAGGAACAGGCCUCAGCUCCUGCCUUGGGGCCCUUCUCUGCUUAGGCUACAACAUCUUUCAAGGCAGCCCCCAACUCUGGAAAGGAAUACUGGUAGCCAGUGGCCAGUGUCCGCCGUGGGACCACUUUCUGGCCUUCCAACAGCAUGGUGGCACGCUCUCGUCCAAAGAUUGCUUGUACCACAGUGCUGGGGACAGGUAUGAAGGCUGGGCGGCCCAGGGCAGCACCCAAGGCCUGGGCAAACUCGGCAUUGGUAGUGGUAGAUGCUGGGGCCACUCCGUUCAGGACUCCUUGGACGUGGUUUGCUUCAGAGGCAUGAGUCAGAAUUCCUGCCAGGUCGCCAAUGUGUAUCCAGGGGAAGAAUUGGUGACCUGAACCAAUGGGGCCUCCUAGGCCCAGGCGGAAGGGCAGAAGCAUGCGGCUGAUGGCACCACCCCCACGGCCCAGCACAACCCCUAAAGUAGGCAAGAGGGGUAGAUGGGUAAGGUUGCUUAGCCUUGGAAAUCUGUACUACUUUAAUUUCUCUUUUCCCAUCCUCACUUUCUUCCCCUGUGCAUUUGGAGUGGACAGAGUUGAGAGUUGUGGAUCUUGGGACUUUCCCUCUGUAGGUUAGCUAGACUAAUGGUGUCCUCUCCCUGUAAGCUCAGCCCUCCUCAGCCCAGAAAUCUUCCACUUUGCCUGGUUUCCAGGCCCUUGAUCCUCACCUGAACGUACCACGACCUGGCGUGUAGACUCUCCAGGAAGCCUGGCUGCUGCUUCCCAUUUGGUUACCAGGUUGGAGAAAAAGUCAAAGUCCCCUCCUGGGCUGUCUUCGUCAUACUCCUCAGUUGGGCUUGGCUGGUAAUAAGCUGCCAUUGGAGAGCACUCAUUUGCUUGGCUGGCCCUGUCCUGCUGGGCCCUUUGCCUCCAAAGGCUUCCCAGCCUUAUUCUCUGUGACCCGUUGGGUCUCCACAGAAGAAAGGUCCAUGACUGUUUUCCCCUUGAGCUUCUCCAUGUGUUCCUGCCUGGAAGUCUAGCCUUUGGCUGUCAGGCUGUACAGAGACUGCUAGCUUAUAGAGGUUAGGGAUAGAAACCAGGGGCCAGGCUGCUAGAGCUCUACCAUCCCUGACAUCUAUGACUUUCUGGCAAGUUACUUCUCUGUAUGAACAAUUUGCAUCUUCAAUAUGGGAGUAACUGUACCUACCUCAUAAGGUUGUUGCAAGGAUUAAAUAAUAUAAUGUAUAACAUA